AUGGCAUCAUGUGCCAGUUCACCUCAGGAUCGAAACAUUAAAACACAUCCUUUGGGAAAUGUCAAAACUGAGCAUGGGAUUCACUGUGCAGCGCAGGGGAAUACUGAAUUUAAGAUGGAAUUAUCUCCUUGUUACUUGCUCGCUGUAAGAAUAAUACGAAUGAGAAAUCUCCGUCGGGCAGAUACAAUAAGCCAUUCUGAUUGCUAUGUCAGCCUGUCGUUGCCAACAGCUACAUGUGAAAAGAUCCGCACCAAAAGUGUCAAAGACUGCAGAAACCCAGUGUGGAAUGAAACAUUCUACUUCAGGAUCCAGAGUCAGAUCAAGAACGUGCUGGAGCUGAGAGUCUACGAUGAAGAUGUUGUUACCCAGGACGAUCACCUCUUUACUGUGUACUUCGAUGUAGCUAAACUUCCACUUGGAGAAAGUGUUCUCAUAUACUUUAAGACUGACCCAAAGGCACAGGAGGAACUAGAGGUAGAAUUUACCUUGGAGAGCAUUUCAGGCCCUCCUGAAGCCAUCGUAACUAAUGGAGCACUAGCGUCUCGUGCACUUUGCUGUUUGGAAGUUCAGGUGGAUGAGAAGAAGCAGCAUAAAUCAAGGAAAGACCUUUCCCUCACGGUGAAAGGUUCCUAUGAAGGAACACAGGAUCUUACACUGGGCCCUGAUGCUAUCAUUAGCCCUUCAUUUCCUACCAAGUUCCACUAUGUCAAGUAUAUGGAGCCAACACUGAACGUUAUGCUACCGAAGAAGAAGCGUUACAAUGCUCGUACCUGUACCUACUCUAUAAACACAGGCUCCCCGGUUGUGAUGCUGAAUUCACUCCCCAUGGGAGAGAGAGUAACAAUAGCAGAGGAGAAAAGAUUUGAUUUACAUGUGAAGGCAGAAGACUGUCAUUGUUCCUGUCCACAAGACCUAGAUGUGCGCUUAGGGUAUGACCUGUGUGCAGAGGAGAAGGAUUUUCUGUGCAAAAGAAAGAAGUAUGUUGCUGCUGCCCUGAAAAACGUUCUCCAUCUAGAAGAGGACCUGCAGGACCAUGAGAUUCCAGUGGUGGCCAUCAUGACAACAGGUGGUGGAAUGAGAUCAUUUACAACGACAUAUGGAAGUCUAUUGGGUCUCAAGAAAUUAAAUGUCUUAGACUGUGCAACAUACGUGAGUGGUUUGUCUGGCACAACAUGGACCAUGUCAAACUUGUAUAAAGAUGCGUAUUGGUCACAGAAGGAUCUAGAUGAGAAAAUCCAUGAAGCCCAGAAAUGUGCGACCAAAUGCAAGAUGAGUUGUUUCUCUAUGGAGCGCAUGAAAUAUUUUAACCAGCAGCUGUGUCAGCGUAAACAAGAGGGAUACAGGACAUCAUUUAUAGAUCUGUGGGGGCUGAUCAUUGAGUAUAUGCUGCAUGAUGGGAAAGAGAACCAGAAACUCUCAGACCAGCGGGAAGCGGUGAAAGAGGGUCAGAACCCGUUGCCCGUCUAUGUGGCAGUCAAUGUCCGGGACAAAUAUAGCACUCUAGAUUUCAAAGAAUGGGUUGAGUUCACUCCUUAUGAGGUGGGAUUCCUGAAAUAUGGAGCAUUUGUUCGCACGGAGGAUUUCGGAAGCGAGUUCUAUGGACGGUUGUUAAGGAGGCUCCCCGAAAACCGGAUCUGUUACCUUCAUGGCAUGUGGAGCAGUGUAUUUUCUCUGAACCUGUUAUACAUCUGGAGUUUGUCCAACAGUUCAGAGGACUUCUGGCACAGGUGGACUCGAGACAGAAUAGUUGAUAUUGAGGAAGAGCCUGUGCUGCCUACUAGGCCACAUGAGGUGAAAACUCACUUGCUCACUCCUGAAGGCCCUUUUUCCAGUGCUCUUCGAGAUGCUUUAACAGAUCGCCUGUCAGUUGCUCAAUAUCACAAUUUCCUCAAGGGCUUCCAGGUGCAUAAUGACUACCUGGGGAAUGAGAAGUUUUAUAGAUGGAAAGAUACUGUGUUAGACAUGUCUCCCAACCAGCUGAGUCAGCAAUCAGAUCUCCUUGGCAUGGUAGAUGCCGGAUUUUUCAUCAAUACCAGCUGCCCACCACUUUUAAGGCUAGAGAGGAAAGUGGACGUCAUCCUGCAUUUAAGUUACAGUGCAGGAUCGCAGACUUUGCCUCUGGACCAGGCCUGUAAAUACUAUGCAGAUCAGAAAAUCCCAUUCCCCAAAGUUUUCCUGAGUGAGGAAGAAAGGAAAAAUCUAAAGGAGUGUUACCUGUUUCAAGAUUCAGAAACCCCAGGAAGCCCCAUUGUGGUAUUUUUCCCACUUGUGAAUGACACCUUCCGAUAUUAUAAAGCACCUGGUGUGACACGCUGCUGCUCAGAGAUGGAGGGGGGCAAAGUUGAUGUUACUAGUUGCUCUUCCCCAUAUAAUACAUUCGCAAUGACAUACACUGAUGAGAAUUACCACCGGCUGGUAAAUCUAAGUGAAUACAACAUCCUGAAUAACGCACACCUGAUUCUUCAGGCCUUGCAUACAGCAGUGGAACGGAAAAGGCAACAGAAGAAGUAG